UCCACAAUGCACGCUGGUUAAGCAGGUAGUCAGAUUCAGAUUUUCGGCGCCGAAUAUCUGACUCUGGUGUAUCUGACUUGGAGGUGUCCAAAGUGCAAGCAGGUUGGCAGGUUGGCAAACGUCACCUGCCCGUUUGUGAUCAGUGUAUCAUGGAUCUUACAAGAGAAGAGACAGCAGCUUUACUGCUGCUUACUGACAAUGUGGUGACGAAGUUAAGACCUCUGAGAAGUGAAGUGCAUCCUAUUAAUAAGUUAAGAUCUACUUACGGGGAAUACUCACAUCUUUUUCCGCAGCUUCUGGCCGAUGAGAACAGAUUUUUCGAAUAUUUCAGGAUGAGCCCGAACACAUUUUAUUUUAUUCUGUCGAAAAUCGAACACAAGCUUACCAAAAACUGGGCGAAUUACCACAAAACCCCUAUUCUUCCAGAGGAGAGACUGCAUAUCACGUUGAGGUUUUUGUCAACGGGUAUGUCAUUUCGAGGAUUGGCAUUCUCUUUUAGAAUGGGAAAAUCUACAGUUGCUAAUAUUGUUAAGGAGACAGUUACGGCAAUAUGGGAUGAAUUGCAACCACUUUAUAUGCCUACACCAUCAGAAGAAGAUUUUAGUAAAAUAGCUAAUGAUUUUGCUGAAAUAUGGAACUUCCCACACGUGAUUGGUUGUCUAGAUGGCAAACAUAUCAGAAUAAAGUGUCCAGAUAAUUCGGCUGCAAUGUUCUUUAAUUAUAGAAAGUUUUUUCUAUUGUUCUGCAAGGUUUAGUGGAUGCAUCCUACAAAUUUAAGGAGCUUCUCUUU